GUGACGACGGACAAGACAACGCGACCCUCAUCUACGCAUCGCUUGACCAGGCUGAGCCUUCCUUAAACUCGACUCAAGAUGCCGCUCAAGGGCCUGCUGCACUCUAUCGGGCAGCCAGAGUCUUACAGUAAAAAGAAGCACUAUCGCAUGGGAAGGACAUUAGGCGCAGGCACGUAUGGUAUUGUGCGUGAAGCGACGCAUGACAAGUUUGGACAAGUUGCCGUCAAGAUCAUCGAGAAGAAGACCGUCAAGGGACAUGAGGACAUGGUGCAUGAUGAAAUUAAGCUCUUGGAAACGCUCGACCAUCCUCACAUUAUACAUUUGAAGGAGCACUUUGAGUCCAAUACAAAAUUCUACGUGGUCACGAGCUUGGCGACUGGAGGCGAGCUAUUCGAUCGUAUUUGCGAACUUGGCAAGUUUACAGAACGCGAUGCAUGCACACUCAUCAACCAAGUCCUCUCUGCAGUCUUGUACCUGCAUGAACGUCAUAUCGUUCAUCGUGACUUGAAGCCAGAGAAUUUACUCUAUCUCACACCCGAAUUUGACUCUUCUCUCGUUGUGGCUGAUUUUGGAAUUGCAAAGGAAUUGCAAACGGAGAAUGAAACACUCAAGGCUAUGGCUGGUAGUUAUGGUUAUGCAGCACCGGAGAUAUUGAAACGUACGGGACACUCGUAUCCUGCUGAUUUAUGGUCACUCGGUGUCAUUUGCUAUACCAUCUUGUGUGGGUAUAGUCCAUUCAGGGCUGAAGACCGUGACGAGCUGAUUGCAGAAACCUGUCGUGCUGAUAUUGUCUUUCAUACAAAGUACUGGAAGGAUAUCUCAGAAGAUGCUAAAGACUUCAUCCUCGGCUUACUCAACCCAGACCCAAAGAAGCGCAAAACGGCACAACAAGCAAAAGAGCAUGUUUGGCUCACUGGCAAGACUGCCACCACUUCAGACUUGCUACCAAACGUCAGUGCUGGUUUCAAUGCAAGGAAACGAUUCCGUAAAGCUAUUGAGAUGGUGCGUUUAGCGAAUCGACUCAAGGCGAUGGAAGUCAGUGACGAGGAAGAGGGUCCAAACGAACAAACAGAUGCAGAAAGCGUCUCGCAGGCAGUUUCGCAGAUGAGUAUCGAUGAUCGCUUAUUGGCGCCAUCGAACAGUGCGAGCGGUGGGACGAGUCAUGUUAGAAAGAAUAGCGUUGGUCGCAAGUUCAAGAGCCACUCGGAGGUGUUUGCAGAGGUUGUUAAGGCGAAGGUCAGGGAAGCACAGGUUGAUGCUGAAGCAGUCAGUCCUGCUCAGCCAGAGAAGUAGAAAGAAGUUCCUUUUCAUGAUUAUCAUAA